GGGAACAGUGGGUUAACUGCCUCGUUCAGGGAACAGUGGGUUAACUGCCUCGUUCAGGGGAACAGUGGGUUAACUGCCUCGUUCAGGGGAACAGUGGGUUAACUGCCUCGUUCAGGGGAACAGUGGGUUAACUGCCUCGUUCAGGGGAACAGUGGGUUAACUGCCUCGUUCAGGGGCAGAACGAACAGAUGUUUUACCUUGUCAGCUCGGGGAUUCGAUCCAGCAACCUUUCGGUUACUAGUCCAACGCUCUAACCACUAGGCUACCGACUGCUCCUUUAUCUGCAUUAGGUGAAAAUAACUGUUUAUCUCUCCACCAUAUUGCUUUGACUUCUCUUGUAUUUUCAGAGCAGUUCAAAUUUAAAAGAGAAAGAGCCAAUGUAUUUGCCUCACUACCCAGACUCCUCGCACCGGCCAUAUGCUACGCCACGCCAACAGACGUUAGUUUCUUCUCCGCAAUGAGUCUGGAUCCGAGUACCUCCCCCAACGAUUUCUAGAAUGCAAACCCUUUCUAACCAUUCUGAUUGGUCCCAGAAACUGAUGGAUUGGACCAGAGCCAGAACACGUGGGUAAAGCGGCGUUUAGAAAAUGUGUCAUUGGGUUUUGAUACUCUGAUUGGUCAGAGAUGAUCCAAUCGCUGAUGACUUUGUUUUGUACAACACCCCCUCCUUUUGAUGUCAGUUUGACUGAAGUAUGUAGCGAACGUCAGAAUAGCGGAAGUAUUUAGUUUGAGUCGGCGGCCAACCAAUAGUAUUGAUAUGGACUGUACUAUAUUAUUGCAGUUUUUUUUUUAAGUAUUUAGACAUAUAGAAUUAUGUUUUUUUUACCUCAUUAAAUUGUUAGUUUUUCCCAAUUGCUAAAACACAAUUAUGAAAACUAGGCUGGUUUUAUCCAAAUACUUAACACAAUUCACAAAACCACACACCCAAACUGCAAAAUGAAGCACUGUAGCACGCCUCGUCCACAUCACAGGCAGCAUCUUGUCUCACAGCUGGGUCUGGCCACAACGCCUCGUCCACAUCACAGGCAGCAUCUUGCCUCACAGCUGGGUCUGGCCACAACGCCUCGUCCACAUCACAGGCAGCAUCUUGCCUCACAGCUGGGUCUGGCCACAACGCCUCGUCCACAUCACAGGCAGCAUCUUGUCUCACAGCUGGGUCUGGCCACAACGCCUCGUCCACAUCACAGGCAGCAUCUUGUCUCACAGCUGGGUCUGGCCACAACGCCUCGUCCACAUCACAGGCAGCAUCUUGUCUCACAGCUGGGUCUGGCCACAACGCCUCGUCCACAUCACAGGCAGCAUCUUGUCUCACAGCUGGGUCUGGCCACAACGCCUCGUCCACAUCACAGGCAGCAUCUUGUCUCACAGCUGGGUCUGGCCACAACGCCUCGUCCACAUCACAGGCAGCAUCUUGUCUCACAGCUGGGUCUGGCCACAACGCCUCGUCCACAUCACAGGCAGCAUCUUGUCUCACAGCUGGGUCUGGCCACAACGCCUCGUCCACAUCACAGGCAGCAUCUUGUCUCACAGCUGGGUCUGGCCACAACGCCUCGUCCACAUCACAGGCAAUAUCUUCCCUUGCCAGACAUCGAGGGAAGAAGCGCCUUGAGUGCCUUAUCCAUCCCUGAAUCACGCCCACAUCAAUCUCAUCACAUGCCUCUUCCAUAGCCUACACGAGAGGCCUGCGCACUAAGGGCUGCCGGUCGUACACCUUCCACCACCAUGCUGAAAAUAACUCUUCAAUGGGGUUUAGAAAUGGUCAGUAUGGUGGGAGGUAUUGCACGAGAAAUGGUGGGUGGUCAGCAAACCAGUUUUGGACUGGGGCUGAACGAUGAGAGCUCACGUUGUCCCAUACUACAACGUACCGGGUUCUUUGAUGAUCUGCAUCAUUCAUACGCUCUGGUGGUAUGAGCAUGUUGUGGAGUCUGUCCAGAAAUGUGAGAAUAUGGGCUGUGUUGUAUGGUCCAAGGUUGGCAUGACGGUGGAGGACACCAUGCGUAUUGGAGAUGGCAGCGCACAGUGUGAUGUUCCCACCACGUUGGCCAGGAACAUCUAUAAUGAGGUGGAGGACACCAUGCGUAUUGGAGAUGGCAGGGCACAGUGUGAUGUUCCCACCACGUCAGCCAGGAACAUCUAUAAUGAGAUGGAGGACACCAUGCGUAUUGGAGAUGGCAGGGCACAGUGUGAUGUUCCCACCACGUCAGCCAGGAACAUCUAUAAUGAGAUGGAGGACACCAUGCGUAUUGGAGAUGGCAGGGCACAGUGUGAUGUUCCCACCACGUCAGCCAGGAACAUCUAUAAUGAGAUGGAGGACACCAUGCGUAUUGGAGAUGGCAGGGCACAGUGUGAUGUUCCCACCACGUCAGCCAGGAACAUCUAUAAUGAGAUGGAGGACACCAUGCGUAUUGGAGAUGGCAGGGCACAGUGUGAUGUUCCCACCACGUUGGUCAGGAACAUCUAUAAUGAGAUGGAGGACACCAUGCGUAUUGGAGAUGGCAAUAUGGUGUUAUCCAGUACACUGGGAAACAAUGUUGUGUGUAGUGUACUGUAGUCAAUAUGGUGUUAUCCAGUACACUGGGUAACAAUGUUGUGUGUAGUGUACUGCAGUCAAUAUGGUGUUAUCCAGUACACUGGGAAACAAUGUUGUGUGUAGUGUACUGCAGUCAAUAUGGUGUUAUCCAGUACACUGGGAAACAAUGUUGUACUUACAUCCACAUAUGAUCGUCUGACAUCUUUGUUUCUCUGAGAGUUUCUCUCAAACGGCACCUUAUAAAGUUGUUUAAUUCUGAUUUGGUUUCGCUUGAGAAUGCGAGCCAAUGUGGACAGACUGACUCGUUGAAUGUGGUGUUAAAUAUGGUGUUGUCUUGGAUGACAUGAUCAACUAAGGUUGCUCUGAUUUCACUCUCUGUCCAGCCUCUCACAUUGUCAGCCCCAUGGUUGAUGACAUGAUCAACUAAGGUUGCUCUGAUUUCACUCUCUGUCCAGCCUCUCACAUUGUCAGCCCCAUGGUUGAUGACAUGAUCAACUAAGGUUGCCCUGAUUUCACUCUCUGUCCAGCCUCUCACAUUGUCAGCCCCAUGGUUGAUGACAUGAUCAACUAAGGUUGCUCUGAUUUCACUCUCUGUCCAGCCUCUCACAUUGUCAGCCCCAUGGUUGAUGACAUGAUCAACUAAGGUUGUUCUGAUUUCAUUUGAAAGUUGUCUUUGGCCAUGAAUUCCUCUACCAGCUCUACCCCUACCUCUCACUCUUCCUCCCCCUCUCAUUCUCACCCUUCCUCUACAUCUCUCUGCAACGGCUUCCAUUGUUGUUGUAAAACAAAAGGUGCUCACCUGUGGUCUUUUCAUGGUGCUUACUUCCUGAUUGAAGUGGUAACAAUUAACCAUUGAGGUGUUUGGCCAGGUGGCACAUGUAUUGGCCAAUUAGCUCAUGUCCUGUCAUUUUGAAUGGCAGUGUUUUGAAAUGGCCAACAUGUGACUUUAUGUCAGAUUGUUGUGUCUUAUGCAGAGAACCGUGCAUUUAAAACAUGUGACUUUAUGUCAGAUUGUUGUGUCUUAUGCAGAGAACCGUGUGCAGUGCAUUUAAGAAUGCAAAAUGUGUGUAAAGCAGAAAAUGUGUUUAGACUUUUGGAGACUUGAGAAGAAGGUUUUGCUCUCUGUGUGUCAUUUUAAAUAAUUGUGCUGUGCAUGUCGUUUUAGUGUGUUAGCAAUGUAAAGUACACAUUACCUCGGCGGAGUUCUCAAGUUGCUAACUUGAAUGUGAGAGCCAUUAUCAAAAGUUUAAAUUAGGUUUACAAGUACUUUGGGGUUAUAUUAUCAAUGUUCACAGACAGCAUUAGCCAGUAGUACUAAUGCUAACGGGCAAACGUGAAGGGCAUCACUGGUCAAGCUAUACAAUACAGUAUUCUGUACUUAUUCAGAAGGUCAACAUACUUUUUAGUGUUUAUGCGAUCAUCGUAGUAGUACUUGUUUACUUGCUUUUCGCUAUACUGUAAGAAACAUUUAAUCUGUUACAUAUUCAGGAGAAAGUCGUCCUUUUGAAAUCAACGUUUAUCUGUAAAAUAAAUGUAAUAUUUGUUAACAGCAAUUCAUUUUUUAUAAAUCUUAUACAUUUUUAUUUUAAUCCUUAAUGUUGUAUGUAAUAAAAUAUUUUUCUAUACCAUCCGAA